AUCAACCAAUCACAGAUGGAGAACAUCCAACGAGCCAAUCAGAUCCUUGAAUACCCGGAAAUAACAGCAGUUUCAAACUUUUGGGCGGUGGUGAAUUUGGCACGAAGAGCAGAAGGAGCCAAAAUGGAGACCGGUCUGUCCAGACUUCUUGUUGGACUCUCUGUCAAAAUAGGUCGCAGCGAUGGUCGAGUGCAUCUGGCAACGGUGAAGUCCGUGGAUACUGUGAAGUCCGCGGUGAUGGUUGAGUGGAAUGAAAGAAAGAUCUGUCGAGGAAAAGAGGUUGAAGUGAGUGAGUUAUGUACACUCAACCCAGAGCUUUUGGACCAUAUAAAGGCUGUCACCAACAACCACGCUACUGACCCACCCCCUUCUGCUACAGACAAGAAGUAUGAGGGUCGACUGCGCUCAUCCAGGAUUCCUGCCCCUUCCUCCUCCUCUGCUUCUCCAGCAGUCAUUAAGGCUGAAGAUUCAGUUGUCAAUCGGUCUCAGAACAGGCAGACGUGUUUGUUCCAGGUUCCGGCCCCGGUCCUAUCACCAGUCUCGACCUCGGAGUCUUCUCAGGCAAACGUGGAGACGGUCCACCCUGAUCUCCCCUCUUCAGCAGUCAUCACAAACUCUGUGCUUCCUAAUCAGGAGCGUAGAAAGAAUGAGGCCAAACCAGGACCGCCGCCGUCUUUUGUUCGUGAGGCAGUAAAGGAAAAUGAUGGGCCCGAGAGAAUGCCUCCUCCGUCUUCAGCCAGAGGCAGAAGAAAAACUGUGGCUCCCCAAGAGCUAAACAAAGGCAGUAAAAGGCUGUCUUGUGUUGCAAAGCCCAACGACAUGCAGGGGAAGAGGGGAAAGUUUGGAGAGGCUCCUCGACCAAACCAGAAGUUCUACGAGAUGAUCCAAGACUUCAGAGAGACCUUGGAAAUAACCCCCUUAUCAUCAGCUGACCAUAUUGAACCUCACAGGAUCUGUGUGUGCGUUCGCAAGCGGCCCCUUAACAAACAAGAGAUUAAUAAAAAGGAGAUAGAUGUGGUGUCUGUACCUGGAAAAGGUGCUCUGCUGGUCCACGAGCCAAAACAGAAGGUGGACCUCACAAAGUACUUGGAGAACCAGGUCUUCCACUUUGACUUCUCCUUCAAUGAGACCGCCACCAACGACCUGGUCUACAAGUUCACAGCCAAACCGUUGGUGCAGUCCAUUUUCGAGGGUGGUAUGGCAACAUGUUUCGCUUAUGGCCAGACUGGAAGUGGAAAGACUCAUACGAUGGGAGGUGACUUCACAGGGAGGCAGCAGAACAGCGCUAAAGGAAUCUACGCCUUGGCAGCCCAUGAUGUUUUCACCUAUCUGAACCACAGGAGGUUUGCUCACCUCGAUCUCUCUCCCUAUGUCAGCUUCUUCGAGAUUUACAAUGGAAAAGUGUAUGACCUGCUGAAUAAGAAGGCCAAGCUGCGUGUUCUGGAGGAUGAGCGGCAGCAGGUCCAGGUGGUGGGCCUGGAGGAGGUCUAUGUGUCCACAGCAGAGGAGGUCAUCAAGAUGAUCCAGCUGGGAAGCGCAUGCAGAACGUCAGGCCAGACCUCUGCCAACGCCAACUCAUCCCGCUCUCAUGCCAUCCUUCAGAUUGUCCUGCGGCGCAACGACCGUGCCACCACGCUGCAUGGCAAAUUUUCACUGGUUGAUUUGGCCGGCAAUGAGCGUGGCACUGACGUCAGCAGCAACGACCGCAGCACUAUAGUGGAGACCUCCGAGAUCAACCGCAGCCUGCUGGCUCUCAAGGAGUGUAUUCGUUCACUGGGAAUGAACAGCGAUCACAUUCCGUUCCGAAUGAGCACUUUGACCAAAGUCCUCAGGGAUUCCUUCAUUGGAGAAAAGUCCAGGACCUGCAUGAUUGCUAUGGUGUCUCCGGGCAUGUCUUCAUGUGAAUACACGAUGAACACACUACGUUACGCUGACAGAGUGAAGGAAUUGAAGGCCAAGACCAGUGGAGCAGCUAAGACACAAGAGCCUAUAAAUAGCUCCACAGAGGAGGAAUCUGUUGAGGAAACCAGUGUCUUUGAUGCAAUAUCCCAAGUGGCAGAGCUGGAGGAGAAGGUUUAUGAACAGUUGCAGAGGGCCAAUAAGCUCUUCAAUGGAAUGGGGCAAACCUCUUACAAUAUUGAGGAAGGACUUCCCGACCUGGUGGAUCAUGCAAAGACAUAUUUGGACACGGUACUGGCUUUGCAGACUGCUGUGAACCAGGAGAAAAUGGCGAGGCAGAGCUACUGAGAGAGAAGAACCCACCGACCCACUCACAGAGUGUGUUUUAUUGAAACCGUCUGCUUUGAAGCAGCUUGAUUUGAAUGUGUUUAUGACUGUAUUAAAUAAAUAAAAUGUAUUCAGACACUA